AUGAGCAUUCUUCUCACCGGCGGUCUUUCAGAGCUCACAAAUGCUCUUGCCGAGCAGCUCGUUGACACCACCAACCUCAUCAUUCUUCAUAAUUAUAACAGCGAUGCGAAUGAAGAGGCGAUUCUGGGCAUUCUUCUCAAGGAAAAUGUCAAAAAAGUGUUCGAUUGUAGUUUGACGACGAAUUCCGCCGUCGGCGAUCCAUUGAAAUCGGCGCCUUCGAUUCUGCUCGGAAUCACUGGAGUCGUCGACGCGAUUCGCAACUACGGACUCGUUCAAUGUUUCACGUUGGUCAGCGGCGAGCAAGUGUACGGUAAUAGUAGCAAUCGCGUCGAGACCCAACCGCUCGAGCCCGUCACAUUCGUUGGAUCGGCGAUGAUGUCGGUGGAAGCGAUGGUACAUUCGUACGCAAUGAGCUACCGUAUCCCAACGGUGAUCGGACGAAUUCCCGAAGGGAAUAAGCUUCCGAUCGCCCAAGUGGCCUCUGGACUUCUCGCCAUCAGCAAUUCGAUCGAUUUUUCGAAGCCCGCCGAAGUCUACAACAUCACAACGGACGAGACGGGCGCGAAAAUCAGAAACACAUUCGGAUGGUCCCCAACGGAAUCGGCGAUCUCGUCGGCAUUUUGCGAUGUUCGCCCGAAAUUGUUGAUUUUCGGCGACUCGCCGGUGAAACGCGAGUUCGUCGUCAAAACGAUCGCCGACAUUCCAUACGUGGAGUCGACGAUCAGCUCGAAAGCGUUUUCGAAUGAUGACGUCCAUCGCGAGAUUCUCAAACAUUCGCCGUCGCACAUUCUCUACUUCUCGACGAGUCGCGAGGCGUUCGACGGCGACAGCUUCAUCCUUCGCGAGAACAUGUCGACGAACCUCUAUUUGCCGUGGCUUCUCGCCGCCGAAUCCGACAAGAUGCGCCUUCAUUUCACCUAUUUCGGCACCGGCGAGCUGUUCGGAAUCGGUGACGACGAAGAGCACGACGACGACGAGAUGCCGACGUUGGUUGAGAAGCCGGCGCGGGCGGUCAAGAAGCACACCGACAAGAUGCUGCGUCGCUUCGAGACCACACUGCAAUGCCGAAUGGGAUUGCCGAUUGGCGGGAUGGCGAACGAGCCGACGAGCGAGAAGCUGCGUGUCGCUGCCAACGAGCUCGACGAGCUCGACACUUCAGUGUCGAAUCUUAAUGAUUGCCUUCCAAGAGUGCUACAGCUCAUUCUAGCCAAAAGAACGGGAAUUUUCAAUGUCGUCAAUCCAGGGACCAUCAAAAUCAAAGAGCUCAAAAGUCGACUGCCUUCGACUGGUCCGUCCGAACUGUCGAUUCUGCCUCUCGUUCCGGUGAAGAUGUCGUGCAAGAAAUUCGAGGCGUCGACGUCGCCGCUUCCCGAAAUCCGCCAAAUUCUCCAUUAA